CUGCACCCUCUCUCAUUCUUCUCGACUUAGCAACCAACGGACAGUCGUGCUUAAAUGAAGUUAAAUUUUACAAAUUGAAAAAAAGUUUUUCUGCAUUUAGAAGAAAAUGGAAGAUGAAAAUCCUGAAAACCGCAAAAGACGAUCAUCAAAGGACGAUAGUAGUGAAUAUAAAAGGAAAAAACCAAAUUCCUCACAUAUCUCAGCAUCACAGUCUUCUCAACAUCCAAAAAAACUAAUUGAUCAACUAUUUGAAACUUGGAAAAAUAAUGACUCAACAAAAUCAUCUGGACCUUCGACACCGGUAGCGAAAUCAGACAUUUUCAAAACUUUCCAGUCGCAACAAGCUGCUCUGCUGUUAAAAAAAUCAUCUAUUGAUUUAAAAUUUUCUGAAUUAACAAAAGAAAAGGUAAAAUUUGAAGCAAAACAAAGAACGGCAAUUAUAGAUCUCAAAUUCUGUGUGGAUAUAUAUAAUAAUGUACAGGAAGAUAUUAAUAGUUUAUAUGAAGACAUUCGAAGUAUGGUUGAGCUUCAAAAAGGGAUUGAUCAAAAACUAGCUGAAUUGUGUGACAUGAGAUCUCUUUUAAUUCAAAAUUUAAACAAGAAACUCAAUAGAAAGAAAGACAUUUUUACUAAAUUAUCGAAUGAUGCCAAAAAUUCCGAUAUAGAGUUGAAAAGAAUUGAAUUAGAAAAAUUAGAGGAACAGCUAGCCGAACUGAAGAAUGAAAAUGAGAAAUUGAAAAUAUCAGAUAGCCAUUUAAGUGAUGUAAAAAAGAAACUGAACGACGUUAAAGAACUCAAUCUCAUGUUAUUAACAGAAGAAGUUGAUCUUAAUUUGUUUUUACAAGAAGAAACUUUUCGACGUUUGGAAAAUAAUUCCAAAUACGCCCAAGAACUGAAUAAAUUUGAAGCAGAAAUUGUUGAACGUCAGAAGGACUUAGAAAGUUUGAACUACGUUAAUGAAACUUUGGAUAUUCUCCACGUUAGAAUGAAGGAAAUGCUAUCUGAAAAAUUGGAUUCCCAUGAUUUUCGACCUAUUAACUUGACAACAAAAAUUCGUACUACGCAGAAUAAGAUAAAAAAUAAACAAUUUUCCUUAGAAGCCGUGAAUAAACUUUCGGAUUUAACAAAUUGUUUUUUGAAGCUUCGUUGUAAAUUGAAUGAGACAAAGACGUCGAUUGCUUCGUUUUCAUUGAAAACCAAAGAGAAGGGAAAAAUUGAUGAGACAUUAAUUGCAGUAGACAAGGAAUUAAAACUAUUAACACGAGAAGAAAUUUCAAAUGAAAUGAAAUUAUUAAAUAAUGAAGAGGAAGAAUUGAAUCUUCAAUACGAGACUCUUACGAAAGAGAAUUUUGAAAUUUUACGAAAAUUAAAUAAUUUUUCGAAUUACAAUGAAGAGGAGGAAAUAAUUCGAAAUUUAAAAUCAGAAAUUGACCAAAAAAAGAAGAAACACAAUGAACUGAUGGAAUCUUACAAGCUAAUAAAGGAAAAAAAUAAAGAACACUUUGAAGAAUAUCCAGAUUUAUUGGAUUCCAAUGUUACAAGAACCUUUGAAGAGUUAAAAAUUAAAUUAAAGAUAGAUGUAGACACAGCCGAGAAGAAAAAAACAUCUUUAACAAAUGUUCACCAUCUGAAACUCAAGGAACUUGAACAAAAAGCCAAGAAAUACCGAAGUGUCUACAGAGAAGUAAAUCAAGAAUUAAAAUCAGGCGAGAAACAAUUUACCGACUUGGAAAAGCAAAUCGAAGAUGCAGAAAAUGAAUUAAAAAACUUAAGAGAUGAGAGAAAUGAAAUUCAAACAACAAAAAAAUUAGAAUUUAAAAAUGAGGAGAUCAACAAAUUGUGGAAAGAAGGUAGAUUGAAAACAGAAGCGGAGUUGAAAGAAAAAGAAAAAUCGGAAAAAGAAAUAGAAUUAAGAAAAGAAAAAACCGAUCUGAUUAUAAAAGAAGAAACGGAGAAGAAAAAGAAACCUUCAAUAAUAAAAGAAGAACAAGUAAAUUUGAAUGAAGAAACAAUGACUUUAAUAAAAUCACUGAAAUCUAAACUUCCAACGUUACAGUCACAAAAAAUUGAAUCUGAGAAUUCUGAAAAAAAGUCAUCGCAGACGACAGUUGAAAAUAAAAAAUUUUCUUCUCCAUUUCACAACUCCGAUAAAAAAUUAACGCAGCAGACAGUUGAUAGAAUGAAAACGUCCUCUCCAUUUCACAACUCCGAUAAAAAAUUAACGCAGCAGACAGUUGAUAGAAUGAAAACGUCCUCUCCAUUUCGUAAAUCCAAUGAUGAUUUAGACUCUAAGUCUACUAAGUCCGGUGAACGAUUAUUUGAUCAAAUUUUUUCUCAAUUUGGAUCACAGAAGAGUCCAAAAAGUAUCAAUAAAUUUCAAAAAUCUGCUGACGAUAUUUAUGCCUUUAAAUCCGAUUCACAUACAUCGUUAGAAAAACUCUUUUCUGAAUUUGGAUCGCAAAAAAAUCAAAAAAUUGAAGUUCAAAAAGUUAUUAAAGAUAAAGAAGAAAAUGCAAAUGUUGUUGCAAAGUCAAGUGAAGUGAGAUCAAAGCAGAAAGAACGGGAACGAUUGGCUGAUAGAAAAUUUUUCAGAACUUCAAGACGAAGUAAAUCUCUUCCUCCGAAAAAAACGCGUUAAUUACAAAUUACAAAAAAAAUUUUUUAAAUAAUUAUUUUAAGAAUUUUUAACUUCUUGUUAAUUAUACUUUUUUAAUUACAUACUAAAAAUAAGUAAAUAUAAUUUUUAAA